AUGGCACGCCAACGGCAGUCGCUCGGUUCAGCGCGCACCGAAAAGCCGUACGAUGCAACGGCCACGAUCGGUGGCGGUAGCUCCAAGUAUCGAUCGCACCGUUCGAACGUGAAGCGUGUCGGUGCGGAUACGAUUAACCGCCAUAAGAUCAUCCUUCCCUCUCCUAACCUUUCCCCAACAUCAUCGGCCGAGGUGAACGAUCACUCCGCGUCCGGCGGUCUCUACCAUCCGCUGCACUUGGCCGCCGCCGGUCCGGAAACCAUUUCGCAAUCCAAUUUCCCACCGCGACAGCAUCAGCAUUACCAUCUUGGCGCAUCUACCGGUCCUCCUCAUCAUCAUCAUCUGCCUCCCAGUUCCUUCUCCUAUACCGACCCGCAUGGUACGGGAUUGCGAAGACACACCUCCACUCCAGUGGCUAGUGCCAGUGGGGGUCGACUGUUGACGGUGGGUGGCGGUACACAUAUUGAUAACACUAACUCAGAGCAAGGCACAGGCGACCAUCAUCAUCAUCAUCAUCACGGCCACGGUCAGGCAGCCAUUCCGCGGUCGGCGGUGGCCGUAUUCCCGUCUUCCGCGUUCGGUCACCACGGUGGUCACACCAAUACCACCAGCAUGGCAGCUACCGUCGGUGGGGUAACGGGUUCGCAACCGCAACACUACCAGCCAGGGAACGAGAAUGAAUCAAGUAAUUUCGAUUCGUUGAAUCUAGACGAUGAUUACCGUAAAAGCUCUUUUGGCAAGCAGUCAAAACUUUCCCGCCCCUCAUCCAACCGGGGACUGUGGAGUCUGUUCGGUGGCGGUUCCGGCAGUGGAAUGGAACAUGCCAGUCCCGCCACUACCGGCUACAGUAGCAGCAGAAACAAUCCGAACGUAUUUUUCAAUGCUAGCAACUCCUCUUCCUCGCCGACGUCGGCGCCGAUGCCAUCGGCGGUAACUACUUCAUCACCGAUGGCGAGCACAUCCACCACUAACACCACCACUACUACCACCGGUAGUACAACAAUGCGCUAUUACAACCUCGACAACAACACUAAUGGUGCCAAUCGACGUUCGAUGAUGAUGCAACCGAACCACCGACUACCGACCGGGUCCAGUGUAGCAGGUGAGCAGCAGCAGCAGCAGCAGCACCAGGAGUCCCAGUUGCCACCGGACUCGUUGGAUGAUGCGCUGGUAUCGGUCCAACGGUACGGUGACUUCGACGCCGAUAACGAGCUCGACGACAGCCAGGCACCCAUCACCGGAACGGUGGCCGGUGGCGACAAGUUUCUGCGCGGUUCCACCGUCAGCCAGUCCUUCAUCAAGAACGUUCGAAUCAUGAGAAAGAAAUCGUCCUCGUACGACGUAAACACACCGAAUGGGGGGACGGGCACCAACGGUUACAUGGCCGCCCACGGUCGGGGUAGCCAACGGGGUAAGGAACAGGUAGGUGGUGCUUCGACGACGACGACGACAACAGCGACGACGAAUAGCUUCAAGCAGCGCGGAUCGCAGAUGAUGGCGGCGGCUGCCAAACAUUUCACCAAACGUAACCGAGCUCCGGCGGUGCCCAACGCCAUCACAACCACAACCACCACGUCCCAGCUUGGCAGUGUGGCUGACAAUGACGGAUUGACCGGUACGGUGCGGCCCACGACUACGCCGGCGGAAGAUGGAAUCGAUGAACCGGGUGGAGGUGGAGAGGCUGUGAGUCCCGGAGCGGAGGGCUCGUCUACCACACGCGCCGGAAGCACCAAACGGCGAUUGUUUCAGCCACGAACGAUGGACCGGGCGGAAAUAUGA